UUAGAUUUUGGACGAUGAUGAUGAUGAUGAUGAUGUAACGUUCAGUGUAAACGAACUCGAAUAUGGAACUGGGAAAGCUACUUCAACGUACAUUUGUGCGUUAUAGUUCUAAACUAUCUCUAUGUCAUAAGUUUGCUUAUCAAAAGACAGCAGUUUCUACUUGUAUUAAUACUUAUAGUACAAAGUCAAAUUUUGCAAAGUUUGAUUACCAAGAUCCAAUAGAUAUUGACAGCUGUUUGAAAGAUGAGGAAAAAAUUGUCAGAGAUCAAGUACGUGCGUAUUGCCAGGAAAAGUUGAUGCCAAGAAUCCUAAUGGCAAAUAGGAAUGAAGAUUUCGAUAAACGAAUCAUGCAAGAAUUAGGUGAAUUAGGAAUUCUUGGGGCAACUAUUGAAGGGUAUGGAUGUGCUGCCGUUUCUACUGUGGCAUACGGAUUAAUUGCUAGAGAACUGGAGAGGGUUGAUAGCGGUUACCGUUCAGCAAUGAGUGUUCAGUCCUCGUUAGUUAUGCAUCCAAUUUUUAUUUUUGGAUCCGAAGAUCAGAAAGACAAAUAUUUGCCAAAAUUAGCAAAAGGAGAGUUAAUCGGUAGUUUCGGUCUGACCGAACCCAAUCACGGCAGUGAUCCUGGAGGAAUGGAAACGAGGGCAGAGUAUCAGAAAAGUAGCAAAUCAUAUGUUCUAAAUGGAUCAAAAACUUGGAUAACAAAUUCUCCUGUGGCGGAUGUAUUUGUGGUGUGGGCAAAAUGUGAUGAUGACGUGGUCAGAGGAUUUAUUCUUGAAAAGGAAAUGAAAGGACUGUCAGCCCCGAAAAUUGAAGGAAAGUUUUCACUGCGCGCAUCAGCAACAGGGAUGAUUGUCAUGGAAGAUGUUGAAGUUCCAGAGGAAAAUCUUUUACCAAAAGUCAGUGGAUUGAAAGGUGCCUUCAGCUGUUUAGACAGUGCAAGAUUGGGUAUUGCAUUUGGAUCUUUGGGUGCUGCUGAAUUUUGUUAUGAAACAGCACGACAGUAUACUUUGGACCGAAUUCAGUUUGGCAAACCUCUUGCUGGAAAUCAACUUAUACAAAAGAAAUUAGCUGAUAUGGCGACAGAGCUUUCUCUUGGAUUGAAUGCCGUUAUUCAUGUCGCAAGACUAAAAGAUGAGAAAAAACAUUGCCCAGAAAUGGUUUCACUAGUGAAAAGAAAUAAUUGUGGGAAGUCGUUAGAAAUUGCAAGAAACGCGAGAGAUAUGCUAGGAGGUAAUGGCAUAAGUGAUGAAUACCAUGUGAUUCGUCACGUGAUGAACCUGGAGUCAGUCAACACAUAUGAAGGAACUCACGACGUUCACGCUUUGAUUUUGGGUCGAGCAAUUACUGGACUGCAAGCUUUCGCAUCGUAAUAACAAUCUGCAUGUUAGACUAUAGUAAUCUCAACAUGAUCCUGGGUAUCAACCCUUGGCUAUCGCUAACAAACUUUGAAACAACUGGUCAUAGUGAUAAAAUUAACGACUUUUGUUGGACAUUUGAAUGAUAGUGGUGUAUUUAAACAGUAGAUGUAAUAUUUGGAUAUUAAAAUAUAAAUUUCCACAACCUAAGUUAGAACGUGAAGAUUUGGUUAUUAACCAGUAUGAAUUCAGUAUGAUAAC